ACGCAGCCCAUAUCACAGGUUACUUACCCAUUCGACUCUCUUUCGCUCUUGAAAGAAUCCCUCCUCAGUGAAUUAACAUGCCGACUUCGCUUGUCACCGGAGGCACAGGCUUCAUCGCCCUGCACGUCGUCAAAAUCCUCCUGGACAACGGCCACGCCGUGCACACCACCGUGCGCUCCCUCCGCAAUGUCGCCAAAUGCCAGCCCCUCUUCGAUCUCCAGUCGCAGUAUCCCGGUCGCCUCUCGCUAUUUGAAGCCGACCUCCUCCAUGAGGGCUCUUUCGGGCCGGCUAUGCAGGUCUGUGACACGGUCUACCACAUUGCAUCGCCAUUCUUAGUGCCCCAGCAAAUCAAGAACGGACGGAAAGAAUGCGUCGAGCCCGCUCUGCAGGGUACGCGCAAUGUACUGGAGUCGGUAGAGAAGUGUCCAAGCGUGAAGCGGGUUGUGCUCACCUCCUCCAUUGCAGCCAUGUACGGUGACUGCAGCGAGAUCCCACGAACACAGAACGGAGCCCUAACGGAGACCUACUGGAACAACACAAGCAGCGAGACAAACAAUCCCUACCACUACGCCAAGGUAGUCGCCGAGCGGGAGGCGUGGCGGCUGCACGACGCCCAGAGCCGGUGGGAGUUGGUGGUACUGAAUCCGGGACUGACGCUGGGCCCACCGCUGACAGGGGCCUCUACCUCGGGCAGCCUUUUCAUGAUCGAGAACAUCUUCAGCGGCGCCAACAAGAUGGGGUGUCCGGAGCUGUACUAUCCCAUCGUGGACGUGCGCGAUGUGGCUGAAGCGCACGUCCGCGCCGGCAGCCAAAGCUUCUCGCCAGCUCCGUCGUCCGGGUCGGGGCCGCGAUGCCGCUACCUACUCACCGCUGGGGACCGCACCCUGAGCUUGCUCGAGAUGGCAGAUAUUUUGCGUCCAAGUCAUCGUGAUCCCCGUCUGCUACCGACGCGGAAUCUUCCGCGUCUGAUGGUAUACAUAGCUGGGCCGUUCAUAGGGGUGUCGCGCCACUGGAUUGCGCAUAAUCUCGGGGUGAGAUUUCGGGUAGACAAUCGCCGGAGUGUGAAGGAGUUGGGUGUGGUGUAUCGGCCGGUGGAGCAGACGCUAAAGGAUCAGUACGAAGCGUGGUUACGAUUGAAGCACGGCGAGUAG